UUGAAGGUCUGCGUGAUUAAUGUACUCCGUGAGGACUAUAUAUAUAACCUCUGCAGUCGCGUACAACCAGGGAAGUCGGAGUAUGAAGCUGAUCGCCGUUCUUCUUGUCGCCUUCGCCCUUUAGUUGUCUCCAGCGAAGGAAAGCGUGGUUCUUGCGACUUCCCAAUCGAUAAAGGACCAUGCCAGGCACUCCACAAGAUGUACGGCUACAACAGUAAACUACAUAAAUGUCAGCAGUUCUACUACGGCGGUUGCGGUGGCAACAAAAACAGGUUUGAAUCCCGAAAGGCUUGCCAACGCAAAUGCGAAAAUCAAGUCACUCGGAAAAUGUAA